AUGGCACGACAUCUCAAUAUGGACACCACGCGGCAAAACUUCUGGAAGGAGGAAUAUCUAAGGGAGAUGAUGUUGCGCUGUGAAUGGCACCGCAAGUAUGGGUCAUUGCUGAAGGCCAAGCAGAAGGCUAAAGCUGCAGCUCGCCUGCCCCUCAAACUGCCUACCCUGCAACCGGAGACCCCACUCCCAGCCCCGCCUGGCCCCAAAGCUAGCCCUGCCAAGGCUCCCAGCCUUGUCCCAGAGGCUCUUCCUCAGUCAGAAAUGUACCCUGUAGAGCCUGCCAUCCGGGCCCUGCUGUUCGAAGGCAUCUCCCAUGAUUUCCAAGGGCGCUACCGCUAUCUCAACACCCGGAAACUGGACAUUCCAGAGAAACGCUACUUCUUCCCCAUCACCACCAGCUUCACGUAUGGCUGGCAACUGGGCCCUGCAGCCAAGCAAGCAAAGAUCUCCUGCAAGAUGUGCGAGAUCGAUUCAUUCUUCCGCAAGAACGGGGCCUUUGCACUGCUCGACCCCCGGGACCUGGCCUUGUGA